UCAAAGACCCACUCUCCGGCCAGCCAUCCUGGGAUUAGGCUGUUCUAACAGCCUGGCUGACACUCUGUGCAGGAAUAAAGUCCUGCUGUCUGGAGGCAGCACACUCAAAUGUGCUUCGCAGCCCUCCAGAAGGAACUCUAGAACUGAAAGAGCAACAAUCAAGAUCUUUGAAGAUUUCAAAACGAUGCUAAUUUGAAAUAAUCUUUGAAAAUAUCCAACUUAAAAAAAAUACUAAAACACUCUGGGUCUUGGGGUUUUUUUUUUUUCCCUCUUUUCUUAAGGACUGCAAGCCGUUUAGUUACCAAAUUUGUUCCUGAGCCAUAUGGAAAAAUCAGUUCUGUCCUGUUAAACUGGUUGCGCUGUUUUGGUUUUCAUCUGUCUACAGAGAUCUGAACAGUGUAUGUUGUUUUAUUUUAUGCUUUCGGCAGAAAAAGCGAGUGGUCUGGAGAUCAUCUGGCCAGGAAAACAAUAGUACUGAAGAUGUCCUGCUUCUGGCUUUAUCUGCCUCUCCAUCUCCUAGCAGUGGCUUUCUUGUGUCAUUCCAUAAAAGCACUCACCACCAGUUCCCAACAGAACUUCAAGACCGAUCUCUUCAAUUUCUACCACUCCCUGCUACUUGCUGAUGGGAAGGAAACAACAGUUCACCUGCUGAAGGAUAUUCCUAAAAGGUACUACUUUGUUUUGGAGGAAGGCAGAGCCCUUGCACCUUUCACGAUAACAGUGACCCCCUGUGAUGUUCCCAUCGAAUGGAGCAUACUCGUGCACAAGGCUUCAGCAAGUUUCCUUGGAAAAGCAGCACAAGGUGAUCAUGAGGUCUCAAAAUCUCAGAAGGCUCUAAGUAUGGUGUCUACAAUUUUUAAUUUUAAGGGAAAUUCUGUAGAGACUUACAUGGGUAUGUCUCCUCAUUCUGCCCUUUACAUUCUUGAGUUCUUAUCCACUGAGCGAGACACACACAUUACUGUGUACUUAACAACUGACACAACAUCUGGGCACCUCUUUCCAGAACUUCCAUCAGAUCCACGCUUAGACGUUAUUGGCAUUGGGCAUACAACAGUGACUCUGACCUGGAAACAUAGUCCCUCUGUCUUGCAACAUAGAGAAAAUAUCCAGUACUGUCUUCUAGUUAACGAAAAGCACAACUAUAAGAGCUUAUGUGCUGCUGAGACAGCAAUCAGAUCUUCUGGAAUGAAACUGCCACCUACCUUAGCUUUGUCUCUCUCCCCACACCUUCUUGAACCACAGCAGGUGAUGAUAUUGUCCAACAGUGAAUUGAGCAUCAUCAGCAAAGCAAGUAGUGGGGAAGUCAGGCAGAUAUGCAUGGGUACCAAGAACACCUACACUGUGCCCAAUCUCAGUCCCAGCACUCAGUACUACUUCGAUGUUUUUGUCGUCAAUCUCCUCACAAAUGCCAGUGCUGCUUACACCGGGACAUUUGCAAGAACCCUGGAUGAACCCGAACCUAAGGCCAUGGAGCUGAAAGAUGGAAAAGUGAUUCAGGUUGUCCUGGAUGGGACAAACCAGAAAUUCUACAAUCUGCAGUACCAGGCAAGACACAAAAAGAUACAAUUCGCCUUUCAGUUGUGUCGUGGACAAGUACAGGUUCACAUAACAAAGAAUGGCAAACCAGUGGUGUCGGAAAAUAUCUCAGGGCUGAAGUAUUUCUCACUGAAGGGAAAGUUUCUAGACACAUAUCUGGUGCAGCUGAGGUCCACAGAGGAGUCUAACUCUUCCAUCAAAGUACAGGUGUCCCCCCCUUUACACAAGCCCUUAUUCCCACUUCUUCCAGACAGCUUAAAAAUUAAGUCCUUCAGUAAACUGAGGACCUGCAACUCUGUCACCAUUGCCUGGCUAGGAACACAAGAGGAGAGCAAGUACUGUGUAUAUAAGAAAAAAAUUGAAGAAGAUCAGGUCUGGACGGAACUGCAAAGUGCAGACAGGUGUUCUGGACCUGAAACUCGGCGCAAGUCAGAGAAAGUGCUGUGCAAGUACUUCUUUGAUGUGAAUCUCCAGCGAGCUGUCACCACAGAAACCAUCAAAGGACUGGACUUGGGGACGCUUUACUUGUUUGAUGUUUACCUCUUUGGGCCAUCUGGCAUCCCUGUCAGAUAUCACAGCAAAGUUGUUAAGACCAGAAAAAAAUGUUGAAGGUUUUUAAAGAAAUGUUUUGAAGUCAGUGAGUGAAGACUGUUAUUAAAACCAAGGCCAAUCCAUGCCAUAGCCUGGGCAGUUUAGAACAUGCUCACUCACAAAAAAAAUUAAAGCUGUGAGAUUUUAUGGAGGAAACAUCUUAGUUGUACAGAUCGCUAUGUUUACAUUUGCAUCUCCUCUCCUGUAUAAGGUGGGAUUUUUCCCCCUCAUCUAUCUCAUUCGGAUAGCAAAAAAAGAUCUGUGAAACAAACCCAUGAAAAUGGAAACAAAAUCCCUACAAUGGCACCUGUGAGAAACAGAUUCGCUUCUGAAAAUGUUUCUGAAAUCCCACAAAGAAAUGAUGGGAAAUGCCUCGCAAGAAUCACACAUCAUUAUUUUAAAGUCCCAGAGAAUCUUCCAUUUUGCGCAACUCCAUCUGCUGACGAAGAACUGAGAGACUACACAAGUCAAACUGAACUUCUCCACUGUUUGAACAGGGAUGGAGACAAAUUAAAUAAAACCCAGAGAGGGGAACUGGUGUAAAGCACCACACCUUGAGUGACGCAGGCUGAAAUUCACCUUCCCUUAUUACCUGCAUGGGUGCUUGGCUUUCUUUUCCAUAGAUAAACUGUGCUUGGUUAGAAACAGACAAAACACAGACCAAGAACUGGCUCUGGAUCCCACUUUUCUAGGGAGUAUACAAAUACACUGCUGUGCUGCUGUCCAUUGAGGAAAGCAGUAAGGCAUCCUGCUGUGGUAAGGAGGUUUUUAUCGAUAGUUUCUGAUACUAAGCCCAUGUCUCUCCCUGAGUGACUCCUGAGUGUAACAGACAACUCUUUACUAUCCUUAACCCAACCUAUAUCAAUGAAUGUGUUGCUUUAGGAAAAAUUAAAUGUUGUUUUCCUAUUAAAUAUAAGAGGGAAAAUGUUUGUAGUAAAGAUCCUGAUAAACCUUUUGUUGUCUUGUUUCC